AUUCCCAGCUCUCUCUCUCUCUCCCUGUGUCUCUCUCACUCUCUCUCUCUCUCUCUCCAUCUCUCUCCUCCCUCUGCCUCCCCUCUCUACAAAGUAGUCUUCUGCUGCUGCUGGAACUUGUUGGCAAUGCCUAUUUUUCAGCUUUCCCCCGCGUUCUCCAAACUAACUAUUUAAAGAUCUGCAGUCGCAAAUGGUUUUACUAAAUGUAGGAUGGGACUUAAGUUGAACGGCAGAUACAUUUCACUGAUCCUCGCUGUGCAAAUAGCGUACCUGGUGCAAUCGGUGAGAGCUGCAGGGAAGUGCGAUGCGGUCUUUAAGGGGUUUUCCGACUGUUUGCUCAAGCUGGGCGACAGCAUGGCCAACUACCCGCAGGGCCUGGACGACAAGACAAACAUCAAAACCGUCUGCGCAUACUGGGAGGAUUUCCACAGCUGCACCGUCACAGCCCUUACGGAUUGCCAGGAAGGGGCGAAAGAUAUGUGGGAUAAACUGAGAAAAGAAUCCAAAAACCUCAAUAUCCAAGGCAGCUUAUUUGAACUAUGCGGAAACAGCAAUGGGUCGGCUCCUUCGCUCCUGCUCCCGACCUUCCCUUUGCUCUUGGCGUCUCUCUCUGCAGCUUUAGCAGCCUGGCUUUCCUUCUAAGGGAGGGGCUCCAGGCGCCCCCGGCAGACACACACUCACUUCAUAUUACUGGAUUUAUAGAGGAAGUAUUCAUCCGUUUUUUGGGGACGUUGUGAUUCUCUGUGAUGCUGAAAACAUUCAUAUAGGAUUGUGGGGAAAAAACACCACGUUAUUUUCUUUUUUUUCCUCCUUGUGUUUUAUUUGCCAAAUGUUACCAAACAAUGAGCAACAACAGCCAAACCGGACCUCAGCUUUAUUAAGUCUUCAAACGGAAAUACAAAAACGCAAGCCCCACUCCCCUGCUUUUUUGUUGUUGUUAUUGUUUUCUUUUCUUUCUUUCUUCCUUUCUUUUUUUUUUUCCAAAAGAAUCUCAGGAACGGCCCUUGGCCGCCUAAUAUAUUAAUCAUGAUAAUACAUAAGAAAUAAUGGGCUCCUCUUAAUAGGAAAGAAAAUAUGGAGAGAAGGCCACGGGGAAUGAAUUCAAGAUCGAUGUCAACGUGCGAAGCAUCUAGUGAAUAAUUCACAGUCUCUAUCGCAUCUUUCUUCCACAAAAUCUUGUUUUUAUCAUUUCCACUGCGAAUUUCUCCUUUAAAAAAAGAAAAAGGACAAUUUGUUGUUUUUUUUUAAAUGAUGGGGGAGUGGGGAGAGGGGAAGAGAUGUAUCAAAUGACCACAGGAACCGAAUGCUGCUAAGGUUGCUGGGAGAUUAGCUUUACCUGCUGUUGUCAAUGCAUCUUUCCAAGUUCACUGCCUUUAUUUUCCCCACCUCUCUUGUUUUACAUGUUACACAUACAGUAAACCUGAAUAUCCAACGGUAUAGAUCACGAAGGGGGCUUAAAUGUUAUCCUAAAAUACAGUAUAACGAUUUUGACAUAAAGAGCCUUGAUUUAAAAAAAAUAAGAGAGAUGUAAUUUUAAAAAAAAAGUUUAUUAUAAAUUAAAUUCAGCAAAAAAGAUUUGCUACAAAGUAUAGAGAAGAAGUAUAAAAUAAAAAUUAUUGUUUGAAAUGAGGGUGUCAUUUGUUUCCUAUAUCAU